AUGGCACAGUCAAACGUCAACAUCCUUCUCUCCACGUUCCCGGGCCUCUCGCUGCCCCUUACGCUGUCAUUCAGUCUGCCCUCUACAGCCACCGUCUCAGAUUUGACAGAGAAAGUUACAUCUUAUCUCCCAUCCUCACUUUCCCUGAAUCGACUCGUUCUCACGACAACCAAUAAUAAGCAAGUUUUCGCAUCGCCCGCACCUCUUCAGACCGUCAUCACUGAAAAUGAUGGCCCUGCAUCAAACAUCCUUCCAAUUCGGCUUUCCGCACCUCUAUGUGGUGGCAAGGGUGGUUUUGGAUCCCAGCUGCGUGCCGCCGGUGGACGCAUGGCGAGCAAGCGCAAGCGCAAUCAAGGCGACGCCAACAGCUCAAGCCGUAAUCUCGAUGGUCGCCGCUUACGCACGAUCAACGAAGCGAAAGCUCUUGCGGAAUAUCUCGCUGUCAAGCCCGAAAUGGACAAGCAAGAGAAGGAGGAGCGGCGACGUCGAUGGCAGGCGGUAGUGGAAUUAGCGGAGAAGCGUCAGGAUGAGAUCAAGAACGGUGGUGGAAAACAGAAGAUUGAUGGCCAGUGGAUGGACGACAAAGAGGAAAUGAAUGAAAAGGCCCGUGAAGCAGUUCUACAAGCGAUGAAGGACGGCGAUUGGACGGACAAUCUUCGAGAUGCGAUUUUGGGAGGAUCUAGCACCAGUGCAAGCGAAGGCACUGAUGAAGACAUGUCAUCCGCCUCCGAGGAUGAAGAGGAAGGCGAAGCGAGCAGUGAUCCAUCUCCUGCCUCUGCGGCGCCCCCGAAAGCAGUCUCACGCCGUUACAUAGGAUUCGAUGACGAUGAUGAAUUCAUGAGUGACUCGGACGAAGAGGACGCCGGGGGCAUCGAGGCCAAAGGCAAGGGCAAAGCUCGUGCUUGA